GCCGUGAGAAAGGUGCUGGCCCAGCUCUGUGAGAGCACCCCGAGGUGUGCAGGAAGGCCCUCCUUCAGUCCUAAAGCCAUCUGCCGGGCAAACGCUUCCAGAGCAGCCGCUGAGACCCCCCGUCCGUCACCAUGUCCUCCGCCCGGUUCGACUCCUCUGACCGCUCUGCCUGGUACAUGGGGCCGGUGUCUCGCCAGGAGGCGCAGACCCGGCUGCAGGGUCAGCGCCACGGCAUGUUCCUAGUCCGCGACUCCUCCACCUGCCCCGGGGACUAUGUGCUAUCGGUGUCGGAGAACUCGCGGGUCUCCCACUAUAUCAUCAACUCGCUACCCAACCGGCGCUUCAAGAUCGGGGACCAGGAGUUUGACCACUUGCCGGCCCUGCUGGAGUUCUACAAGAUCCACUACUUGGACACCACCACCCUCAUCGAACCCGCGCCCAGGUACCCAAGCCCCCUCAUGGCAACUGUGUCAGCACCCAACCUGCCUACCACAGAAGAAAAUCUUGAAUACGUGCGGACUCUCUAUGAUUUUCCUGGGAAUGAUGCCGAAGACCUGCCCUUUAAAAAGGGUGAGAUCCUCGUGAUCAUCGAGAAGCCUGAAGAACAGUGGUGGAGUGCCCGGAACAAGGAUGGCCGAGUUGGGAUGAUCCCUGUUCCUUAUGUGGAAAAGUUGGUGCGAUCCUCCCCACAUGGAAAGCAUGGAAACCGAAAUUCUAACAGUUAUGGGAUCCCAGAACCUGCUCAUGCCUAUGCUCAACCUCAGACCACAACGCCUCUUCCCGCCGUUUCCAGUUCUCCUGGAGCAGCCAUCAAUCCUUUGCCAUCCACACAGAAUGGACCUGUCUUUGCGAAAGCAAUCCAGAAAAGAGUGCCCUGUGCUUAUGACAAGACUGCCUUGGCAUUAGAGGUUGGUGACAUUGUAAAGGUCACAAGGAUGAAUAUAAACGGCCAGUGGGAAGGCGAGGUGAAUGGGCGCAAGGGGCUUUUCCCCUUUACCCAUGUCAAAAUCUUCGACCCACAAAACCCUGAUGAAAAUGAAUGAUAGCUGCUGCCCUGCCCCUAUUGCUUCUUGUUCUG